GAGAAAAUUCCCCAGACGAUCAUUUCCUCUCAAAGUAAUCCAUUGCAUCCGGCCCGCGCCGAACGGCGUUGACCGCAUUCCUUUUUCGGAUAUGACUUCGAGGUUGGACAGGCUCCUUCUUCUUCUUGAUACAGGAUCUUCAUCCUCCGUGAGGAAUACAGCAGCCAAACAACUUGCCCAACUAGCAGCCAAAAGUGUAAUCAGUGAUGUUGCAGUUCAAGAUGAUAUUAAGUCAACUCGUCACCAUGUCCCUCUCGGUGACUCCUCAGCAUGGUCUGAGUUAAUGGCCGUCGUGGCUCGAAUCUUACCUUAUUUGCAUUCAAAGAGCCAUGACACAAGAUCGGCCGCGUCGAAUGCACUCUCACAAAUAUUCUCCCUUGUGCCAGUAUGGCAGCCACAAGCUGUGGAUGUCAAACCUCCCCUAGAUCUAGAUACAUCUUCUCCCGAUUUUCCUGCAUUUUCUGUGCAAGAGCUCAUGCAGAAAGGCGUGCUGCUUCUUGCAUCAUCCGGAAAAGAAUUUUCAAAGCCAACUGGCAUCCUUGCAAACGCGGCAGAGGUUAAGAGAGCUCGUAAGGAGGCCAUGGGUCGGCUAGGCCUCGACUUCCUUGAAAGUGUGGGUGCCGCAGAUGACAUGGACCUGGACAAGGAACUCGCCAUCGAAGGGGAGACUGAAACUGAUCAUGACAACGAAAUUUCUCCUAAGAGAGAGGACACAGCUACUCCCCUAGACUCCCCGAUGGAGGUUGAGGCUUCAGUCAAACGCGAACGUUCGCCACCUCCAUCACUAUCUCGCCCUAAGAGCACUACGCCCGCUGCGUCGUCACCCGUAACAGAAGGAGAUUGUCUCAAUGGUCUUUCAGCACGCGAACGAAAUCGUCUGAAGCGUAAACGGAAACCAGGCAACUCUGCCUUUGUCGCGGCACCCCCUCCACCCCCUGCCGGCGCUAAGUACAACACGACUCCUGCAGGGCCAUCAAACAAAGCGCGGUUGGUAUCGGCCGAACCACAGGACGCGCCAAGAUCACGAGUAGACAGUCCUGCUGACGCUGUCAAAACCUUCUCUCCUGAGAAGGUCAUCAUAGAUCCAUUAAAGGGUGGUGCUGUGUCACCGAAAGCGGCCCAACAAUCACAUGCACUGGAAGUCACUCCAGGGGGUUGGAUGUGGCAGGGUAUUGUAGCCCUCCUAGAAGUUGACUUGUUCUCUGCAAAUUGGGAAUCGAGGCAUGGUGCUGCUAUGGCUUUGCGCGAGUUGCUCAAAGUUCAAGGAUCAUCGGGUGGCAUGAAAGACGGUUUAUCCGCGGAGGAAAAUUCUCUUGCGCAUGAGCGUUGGUGUAAUGACUUAGCCGCAAAACUUUUGUGCGUUUUCGUCCUCGACCGUUUCGGGGACUUUGUCUCCGACCAGGUUGUUGCACCAGUUCGUGAGACAGUGUCACAAACACUUGCUUCUCUGCUACUCCACAUGCCUCAGCAGUCCGUGAAGCAUGUCCACUCCAUACUACUACAGAUGAUUAGACAAGACUUCCCGUUGGGACACAAACCAACCAAGAGCAAGAAAGGCGAUGGUAGUCAUGUAUGGGAAGUUCGGCAUGCAGGUCUUCUCGGGAUCAAGUACGAGGUUGCUGUGCGAAGUGAUCUUUUUGAGGCAGCUGGUGAUACAGGCAAGGAGAUUCUGCAGGGCGUCGUUGAUGCCGCAGUGCUCGGUCUCAGUGAUCCUGACGAUGAUGUCCGUGCUGUGGCCGCAUCUUGUUUGCUUCCGAUCGCGGGUCAUCUUGUCGAGCAACUUCCAGAAUCCCUGGAUAGAGUGCUUUUGGUUCUCUGGAAUUGCUUACGCGGCAUGAAAGAUGACUUGAGCUCAAGUGUUGGCGCAGUAAUGGAUUUAUUGGGUAAACUCGUAACUUACAGCAAGGUCAUUGAUAUCCUUGCACAAGCUAGCGUGUCCCUCCCGCUCACGGAAUUGGCACCCACACUCUUCCCCUUCUUCCGACACACAAUCCCCAACGUUCGUCUCGCCGUGGUCAAGACGUUGCUUUCCUUCAUGACCGUGGCUUCCCUUCCUCGUGAAUGGAUCGUCACGCCAUUCUUUCGCCUUCUUUUCCAGAAUUUGAUUGUGGAAGAGCGGGCAGACAUUCGCGCUGUCACUUUGACAGCAUGGCGGACAGCGCUCGAGGUCGUAGCGGAUGUGCCUGGAUGGAUUAAGAAGUUGGUGAAGCAGCAAACCGUCCUUGAUUGGUACUCGACCAUGAUGACGCCACUUGGUGCUCCAAUCGACUGCUCAACGUUUCAUUACCCUGCCUUCACGGAAGAUGAGAGUGACGCAGGCCCGCUGGAGAGACAUAACGUUGACAAGAACAUGCUCGCCCAGGAUCUAUCACUAGUCAGUGCGGGGGUAAUUAUGCAGGCUCGAAUCGCCGCGGCUACCUCCAUGGCGUAUUUGAUGAUUUAUUGGCCUCCCAAGUCCAUCGACGAGCUCUUCCAGCCCAUACUUGUGCAUUACUUGCAGUCAACCAGUAUGCUCCAGAAAUUCUUGGCCGCUCUCGUCUCAGAGGAAUGGGCCCGCGCGUAUGAUGCAACGUCGCCAUCUGCACCCAUCAUCGAGGCGUUUCCUCUUGCAGCAGAGCUCAGCACGAUGUGUUUGGCUUGGUUGCAGGGCACGCCUCCAAUCGCAUAUCACGAGAUGGCGUUCACGCUACACCGCAUCCACUCAGAGUGCGCUGCGCUUCUUCGUUGCUUCGCGACUGAUUGCAAGAUCCCUAUCUCCUUGAUUCCUCAUCUUGGUGACGAGAUUGACAUCACUGGCACAAAACCGAACAGUUUCACCAUCGAGACUGCAGAAGAAGCGGUUGGCCCAAUGUAUAUGAAACUGAAAGACAGCCUUGGGCGUACGAAGAAGCGCGAGUUGGGAGUUAUUGCCGAGAAGAGACAGAAGGUCGUGAUUAGCAUCGAACAAUACUCAGAGGUCAAGGCACAGCACGACACACGUGUUUCAGCGGCUUUUGCUGCCGCCUUCGUUGCGCUCCGAAGCACCCCAGAUAAAGUUAGUCCUGUGGUCAAGGGCAUCAUGAACGGCAUCAAGAACGAGGAAAAUCUAGAUCUCCAGACCCGCUCAGCAGUGGCAGUAGCAAUGUUCAUUGACUUCUGCUUCCAGCACAAUAUUACGCAGCCGCCCGACAAAAUCGUCAAGAAUUUGUGCACAUUCCUUUGUCAAGAUGUGGAACAAACACCGACAUUUGCCUAUUCGCGGUCUGUAUACAAGGGUAUUUUGUCCCUCACCUCUUGGUCAAAGCAACCGCCGCAGCCAGCAAAGAAUGGCAAGGAUACCUCGAAGGGUGCUGACAGUGCCAAGUCGAGCGAUGAUGCUGCAAAAGCACAGUUAUCAAGACGAGGAGCUUGCCUAGCAUUUGAUCAGCUGUCGACCAAGUUUGGCUCCCAGCUCCUUCAGGUCAUCCCGAAGAUGUGGAUUUCCAUGGCAGGAGGGCUGCUGAGCGCAUGCACAACAGAGUUACCACACGAAGCUGACGUCCUCAUGGAUAAACAAUAUGGACAAGAUGUCAUUGAUUCGCUCAGUGUCCUCGAAGCCGUUGUGCCUUCUUUUCACCCCGAUCUUUGGCCCAAGCUUGCAGAAUUGUUCCCCGCUAUUGCCAUGGCGUUGCGUAGCCGAUAUGCCAUCAUUCGGCAGGCAGCUGCACGGUGUUUUGCUACCAUCUGUAAUGUGAUGACUUCCGACGCCAUGCUAUUUGCCAUCGAGAAGAUCAUCCCAUUAUUGGGAGACGCUAUCGUGCUGUCAAAUCGUCAGGGUGCUGCAGAAGCUGUCUAUCAUAUCGUCCAGCACCUCGACCUCAAAGCACUACCCUACGUCAUCUUUCUUAUCGUCCCUGUUCUUGGGCGCAUGAGCGAUCCCGAUGACGACAUUCGCUCUGCGACUACCAAUACAUUCGCGUCCUUGAUCAAGAUGGUUCCAUUGGAGGCUGGUUUGCCUGACCCUCCCGGCUUCCCUGGGGAGCUGCUGAAGAGGCGCGAAACGGAGCGACAGUUCCUCACUCAACUUCUUGAUGGUAGCAAAGUCGAACAGUACACCAUACCUGUUGUUAUCAAGGCGGAACUCCGUAAAUACCAGCAGGAAGGUGUUAACUGGCUGGCAUUCUUGGCUAAGUAUCAGUUACACGGGAUUCUUUGUGAUGAUAUGGGUCUUGGAAAAACCUUACAGUCCAUUUGCAUACUGGCCGGCAAGCACGAAGAGCGAGCCAAAAAGUAUGAAGAAACACAAUCGCCUGAUGCUGUCCAUCUUCCAUCCCUCAUCGUCUGCCCUCCUACUCUUACCGGUCACUGGUACUACGAAAUCCUAAAAUAUUCCGAGAACUUACAACCCAUUCUCUACACCGGAAAUUCCAAGGAGCGUGCAAAGCUUCUUCCUAAACUGUCCAAGAAAGAUGUGGUCAUCACCUCAUACGAAGUUGUGCGGAACGAUAUUGCGAGCCUAGAAGAUUUCAGCUGGCUAUACUGCAUCCUCGACGAAGGACACGUGAUCAAGAACGCAAAGACCAAACUCACAAAAGCUGUCAAGGCUAUACAUGCACAACAUCGUCUUCUUCUCUCGGGCACUCCAAUCCAGAAUAACGUGUUGGAACUCUGGAGUCUUUUUGACUUUUUGAUGCCUGGCUUCCUUGGGACCGAAACGUCGUUCAACGAGCGAUUCAGUAAGCCAAUUCUGUCAAAUCGUGAUGGAAAAGCGAAGACUGGUGAAGCUGCCGCUCUUGCUCUCGAGGCUCUGCAUAAGCAAGUCCUGCCCUUCCUAUUACGACGGCUGAAAGAGGAUGUCUUGAAUGACCUACCCCCGAAGAUCAUUCAGGACUACUACUGCGAGCUGUCAGAGGUGCAAAAAACUCUGUAUGACGACUUCUCCGGCUCACAGGCCAAGACGAAUGCGGAGGAUGCUAUCCAAGGAGCCGCCAAGGAUGCCCCACAACAGCAUGUCUUCCAAUCAUUACAGUAUCUCCGCAAACUUUGCAAUCAUCCUUCACUGAUCCUGAAAACCAACCGAGACGCUGUCAUUGCAGCCCUCGCCAAGAUCAAUUGCAAGAUCGGCACCUUGAACGAUAUUCAGCACGCACCAAAAUUACUUGCUCUACGGCAAUUACUCACAGAUUGCGGUAUUGGAGGCAGUUCUUCGGUUACAGGUGAAAGUGGGAAGAUCGAUCCUGCGGAGAGCAUGUCGGAGUCGAGCAGUGCAUUCUCCCAACAUCGUGCUCUAAUUUUCUGUCAGAUGAAGCAAAUGUUGGACAUCAUCGAAAAUGAUCUCUUCAAGCAACACAUGCCUUCAGUGACAUACAUGCGACUCGAUGGCGGAACGGACCCCAACAAGCGGCAUGCUAUUGUUCAAACAUUCAACUCAGAUCCCAGUAUUGACUGCCUUUUAUUGACAACACACGUCGGUGGGCUUGGUCUGACCCUCACUGGAGCAGAUACUGUAAUAUUUGUGGAGCAUGAUUGGAAUCCUAUGAAGGAUCUUCAAGCUAUGGACAGAGCUCACCGUAUUGGGCAGAAAAAGGUUGUCAAUGUAUAUCGCUUGAUCACGAAAGGCACGUUGGAAGAGAAGAUCAUGGGCUUGCAACGCUUCAAGCUCAACAUUGCGAACUCGGUUGUGACGCAGCAGAACUCUGGUCUGUCGUCGAUGGAUACAGAUCUUGUUCUCGACCUUUUCAGACGAACAACGGAAGAGGAAGACGCAGCGGCAAAGAAGAAGGCGAAAGCGCCAGCGGGUCCUGUCAGCCAGAAGAACCUCCUGGCGGGCCUUGAAGACAUUCCCGCAGAAGAUGAGUAUGAGGGGCUCGAUCUAUCGAGUUUCAUGGGCUCCUUGGGCAUGCAGUGAGGUUGACGAUUCUAGAUUUGGCAUUCACAUUGAUCGAGCACUGGCUUGGUUUUCACUUGACACGAUUACAUAUGUUGCAUCUAUAGUAGAAUGUACCCAUACUCCACCAAUAAUGUAUAGUGUAGAUUAAGUUACAAAUAGGUUUUCUCUCUAA